GCAGGGUCUCUUUUGCAGAACACGGGCUGAAGAGAAGAGGGAGAAGAAGAGGGGGCUCAGACCUAGGGAUAUGUGCAAGGUCCUCUAUCACCACAGGCCUGGCCUAGAAGAAGUAGUACACGAAGACAGAAAAGCUGCUGUCUUAAAGAGUUUCAAGACAAUGAAUUGGGUUAUCCAGCUGCAAGAGAUUUACUGUGUUUCUUAGGUAAAAUCUGCAUUGCUAUCCCUACCACCCUGGGGCUGGUGCCCCCUCCUCAUAUUCUCUCUCUUUCUCUGACGUUAAAGCCCAAUCUCUGCCCAACUUUUUUGUCUCUCCUUAUAAAGUUAAAGCCAAUUGGAAAAUGGCCAACUGGAGUUGAGGGCACAUUAGACUCUAGCAACAAUUCUGGACUUAAGACUUGCCUGGAGUAAAAUUCUGUAUCCAUAUUUACCAUGCGCCGUGCCCAAAUCAGGAUGAACCUAAACAAGAGUGAUCAGGAGGCUUCUGUCACGCAUGCUCCUUCGCCUCGGACUUUCGGCAAGGCCGCGGCUGAACCACCAAGUCCCAAUUUGACCCACAAGCACCCAAAAAUGAUGCCUGAGCAAGAAUCUUCCCAGUCCUGUCCACCUCAGUUUGUUCGCAAGCUUAAAAAUGCUGCCAUAGGCACAGGUUGCGACAUUCGGCUAAAGGUGGCAGUAUUAGGGAACCCUGUGCCAAGUCUAAGAUGGUACAAAAAUCAGGAGCCUCUACACCCAGGUACAGAAGAAAACGGGACACUGUGCAUAAGGGACAGCAAGAUGGAGGAUGCUGGAAUCUACACCUGUGUCGCACAGAAUGCUUUGGGAGAGGCUACCACAAGUGCGGUGCUUGCCAUCAUUGAUUUAGAAGACUCUGAGCCAGGGGAGGAGGACACUGGAGGACCUCAACUACAGCGCACAAUACGGGCCCCUAACAACACACCACUGGGAACACCUUCAGGGGACUCUGACACUCUGCUGGCCAGUUCCCUGCAUACCACUCCUAGCACUCUGACUGGACUCUCGCAGACGGAUGAAUUCUCAGACUGGUCAGGCAGUCAACAGACGGUAGUAGAGAGGGACACCAGGAAUGCAAGCUUUCUACCAGAAGGGGGUUUGCGGAGAGGCAGCAUAAACGGUUCCAUUCCAGAUUCCCCUCGACCACUUCAGAAUCCCAGACCAGUUCUACCUCCUCCUUCUCCACGUCCUGGGCAACGUCCAGCUGCCAAUCCUAUACCUAGUGGCCGUGGCCCAUCUACAAUACUUACACCCCGAAAGAAAACUCUAAUGCCUUCUCAGUAUCAAGACACAGUGGCUGAAGAGUUUGAGGAGAAGGUUAAGAGGCCAAAGUCUUCAGCUGGUUCUCAGGUCAGUGGUCAAGACUCACGUCCUGUAACACCAGUAAGCGACACAUCAGGACGAGUGUCCAUCCUGCGUGCAUCUCCAAAGUUGGUCCGCUCAGGCUCCAAGAUAUUUGAUAAACUACGUUGUCUUGAAGAGCGAAGAAAAAGCCUGGAUCAAACCGACAGCCCUUUCCCUGUACAGUCCUGGUUACCACUGCGCAAGGCAAGGUCAUUUGAUCAGCCAGGAGCAGAUGGGCUGGCUAGUGGCUUAGAGUCCUCCACUGAGGAGCUAAGGGAUGACCUAAGAGAUGGUGUGAGAUCAGAGAUUGGAGGAUAUACCUUGAGGUGUCCCUCAUGGAGAUACAAGGCAGGUUCACUGGAUGAUAGAGGGGCCAUCUCUGGGCGUGUCAGUGACAUUGAAGCACGUUUUUCCCAAGAGCUUUCUCGCAUCAAAAGAACUGUAUCCCAGCAACAAUUAAUCCGUUCAUCACAGGACUUAUCUUGUAGAUCAACAUCUCCAAAUAGUUCACUAACUAAUCAACCUGCUCCAUUGGAUACUGCUUCAACCCAAGUGCUUACAGACUCUAAGCCACCUGACUUUCAGGAACAAAAGCCAGCAAAUGUGGUCACUGCCCGGAAGCCUCUUAUUAGGAGCUGCGCCACUGUCAACCAAAUAUCACAAGAUAAGGAACCUCAUGGAGUCACAGGACAGAUGACACCAAUGCAAGAAAAAUCAGCAAAUGGUUCAGUUGUUCACCAUGAAGUAGUUAAGCAAUCAGAUACACGCCUAACAUCACACCCACCUCCAAAAGCAAAUAUUAAUACUCCAAAGUCUAUUAUCCCCCAAGUACUAACUCCAAAACAGGAGGUCAAAGAUUCUCAGCUGAGGAAAGAUCCAAAUCAUGGACGUGAGCCCCCACCAACUAGCACACAAGCCCCACCAGCACUGGAGAUAGCACAGCGAGGGAUUGGGCGGGAAAAGGGAUCUUUGGGCGGAGAUAUAAAAGGAGAGACACGAUAUCUCCCGUGGGCUACACCAGCAAAAGCUACCCAGAGAAGUCAAGCUCCACAAGGGAAGGGUGGGGGGCAAAACAAACAGCACAGCGAAACACAUACCAGUGGCAAAAGCAACAGAACAACCAAAAGCAAAGGAAAGAGUCGGCGGCACAGAGCCAUGUCACCAGAAAUAGAAUCAUCAGAUGAUUCCUAUGUAUCAGCGGAGGAGGAUCCUCGAGAAGCCCCUGUGUUUGAAAUCCCCCUACAGAGUGCUCUGGUGAAUGCAGGCUCUGAAGUUCUGCUAAAAUGCAUUAUAUCUGCAAAUCCGAGCCCAGAAGUUAUAUGGAGAAAAGAUCGCACUAUACUCAAGAACAGUCCAACUCAUCAGAUUCGUACUGAGGGUGAGAGACAUACGCUUCUGCUACGCUGGGCAUUGCCAUCGGACUCUGGUAUUUAUACAGUGACGGCACGCAAUGAAGUGGGUGAAGCUAGCAGUUGUGGAGCUCUGACCGUCAAACCAGCACCUGUCACAGAAUCUCCUGCCCAUCGUGGCACACCGCGAGAUCUUCUCAGCCCCAUUACAUCCGAUGAUGAGUAUCUGAGCCCUCAGGAAGAUUUAAGUGAGCCUACCACACCCCAGCACGGGAUGUCUAGCAAAGCCACCAUCCAACACAGCGUGACCUUCAAAGCCCCUCCCUCAUUCAAGGUAGCUCUGUCGGACCAGAUGGUGUUUGAGGGCCAGGAGGUUGUGCUCAGUGUACAUGUGCAAGGAGAACCCAAGCCUAUGAUAAACUGGCUGAAAAACAAGCAGCAGGUGAAGCCCGGUGGAAAAUAUCGCAUGACAGAGGAGGAAGGGAGCAUUUUUUCGCUUCGCAUUGUGGGAGUUGAAAAACGAGAUUCCGGAUUCUACACCUGCAAAGCAAUAAAUGAGUAUGGAACUAAACAGUGUGAAGCCAAGGUAGAUGUCCGAGCUUCUACUGGCAGUGCCAGCUUGGAGGUGGUGACCCCCUUGCAGGAUGUGAGUGUGUGCGCUGGAGAGGCAGCUGUGUUUGAGUGUGUGGUGUCGGGACCUCCGGAUCUGGACGUGGAUUGGAUGUUCCAGGGAAAGUUGCUGCAGCCAGCUCUGUUGGAUUGUAAGAUGCGUUUCAACGGCAAGCAGUGCCUGCUGCUCCUCAGCUCUGUGCAUGAAGACGACAGCGGGGUCUACACCUGUAAACUGAGCACGGCAAGAGAUGAGCUGACAUGCAGUGCUGUGCUGACAGUGCACCCCUCACUGGCUCCUCUCUUCACCAGGAAGAUGUCGGAUCGGGAUGUGGUAGAAGGCCGCACAGCCCGGCUGGAUUGUAAAAUCAGUGGCACGCCACCUCCGGUCAUCACAUGGACUCAUUUUGACCACCCAGUGGAAGAGAGUGAGACGUUUCAUAUUGAGAGGGAGCGGGGGCACUAUACUCUGCUGAUCACCCACGUAUCAAGUGAAGAUGAGGGGCAGUACACUGUCACUGCACGUAACCAACACGGGGAAGCCGAGUGUUCUGCAGAACUCUAUGUAGAGGAGCCGAGGCUCGCUGCCUCAUCACACAUAUCCAGGCUUGAAAAGAUGCCUUCUAUACCGGAAGAGCCAGAGGUACAGGAUAGCGAGGUAGAGGGGGUUCUCAUGCCAGAUUUCCUGCACCCACUACAGGACCUAGAUGUAGUGGAUUCUCGCGAGGUGCAACUUGAGUGUCAAGUAACUGGUUUGCCAUAUCCCACUAUCACCUGGUACCACAAUGGGCAGAAGAUCCAGAACACGGAGGAGCGCAGGAUGACCCAGUACAAAGACAUUCAUCGUCUAGUGUUCCCAUCCGUAAACCAUUCCCAUGCUGGAGUUUACAAAAGCGUGAUUUCCAACAAGGUGGGAAAAGCUGCUUGCUAUGCUCACCUGUAUGUCACAGAUAUGGUACCUACACCUCCAGAUGGUCCCCCCAUCAUUACUUCUGUAACCGGAAAAAUGAUCAAGCUUAGAUGGAAUCCCCCCAAAUGGCUGGAUCCGGCUAUAGAUUCGACUCAGCUCACAUACUCAGUGCAGCAGCAGGCGGUGGGCUCUCCCCAGUGGACUGUCAUUGCCAGCAACCUGAAGGACACCAACUUCUGUGUCAGAGCUUUGAUCAAGGAGCACCAAUACCUGUUCCGUGUGGUCACAUUCACUGCAACCUCACACAGUAAGCCUUCUCCGCCCAGUGAGAGUGUCAGACUUCUAGACCGAGGUCCUUACCAGAAAGAGGCGCCAGUCAUCCAAGAUCGCCCUGAGCUCCUCUAUAUGGUAGAGAAGCAACUCUUGUGUGUCACCGUGAUGCUGAACCAUGUUGAGGCCAGGGUCACCUGGCGGAGAGCAGGCACGAUGCUGCGCCACGUGGAAGGUGUGUGUGAGAUGAGUAUGCCAGACGAUGACCAGCACUCACUCACAAUCUUCAGUCCCAAGAAGUCUGAUCUGGGAAAGCUGAUAUUUGAAGCUAGUAACCAGUAUGGAGACGAUCGCUGUACCAUCAGCAUAGAGAUGGCAGAGAGCCCUCGUUUUGAUUCCAUCAUGGAAGACAUAGAGAUUGGGGCUGGAGAAACUGCUCGCUUUGUAGUGGUGGUGGAAGGAAAACCUGUGCCAGACAUCAUGUGGUACAAGGAUGGUGAACUGCUGGCGGAAAGUGGCCACUUUAACUUUGUAUAUGAUGAUGCUGAGUGCUCUCUGGUUAUUCUGAACACCUCACCUGAGGAUUCAGGGGUAUAUACCUGCACUGCUCGCAAUGUAGCAGGCGACCUUUCUUGCAAGGCAGAAUUACAGGUGUGCAUAGAGAAGCCAAGGGCUGGGGCGGCAUUGGAGGAAUCAGAUGGGGUGAAAUCUCGUAGACUUACCGAUUACUACACCAUUCACAAGGAGAUCGGAAGAGGUGCGUUUUCCUAUGUCCGACAUGUAGUGGAGAAAAACAGUGGGCAUGACUUUGCAGCAAAAUUUAUUUCUUCUCGAUGGGCUUCGAGGGAAAAUGCACAGAAGGAGUUGAGUAUCCUGUCCCGGCUCAGUCAUGAGAGGAUCGUAUACUUCCAGGAGGCGUUUGAGAAGCGGAGUGCACUGAUAAUCAUCACGGAGCUCUGUUCCAAAGAGGAGCUGUUAGACAGAGUGGUCCGUAAACCUACAGUCUGUGAAUCAGAGAUCCGAUCCUUUGUGCGCCAGAUCCUGGAAGGUUUAGAUUAUUUGCACCAUAAGAACAUUCUGCAUCUGGACAUUAAGCCAGAGAAUGUUCUCAUGGCGGAUACGAUCAGCGAUCAGAUACGGAUAUGCGACUUCGGGAAUGCCCAGGAGCUCACUUCCGGGGAACCACAAUACUGCAAAUAUGGAACCCCAGAAUUUGUGGCUCCUGAAAUCGUGAACCAGAUGCCAGUUUCUGCUGUCACCGAUAUAUGGCCGGUUGGUGUUCUCGCAUAUCUAUGCCUCACUGGAGUGUCUCCUUUUGUGGGAGAAAAUGAUUACACCACCCUGAUGAAUAUCCGAGGUUACACAGUGGCAUUUGAAGAAAAGAUGUUUUCCGAUCUCACACGGGAGGCCAGAGGAUUCCUAAUUAAGGUCUUGGGUAAUGAGACACUACGGCCCCAUGCUGAAGAGAGUCUGGAACACCCAUGGUUCAAGACUUUAGCAAAAGGAAAAAAUAUCAUCACUGAUCACAUUAAACUGUUUCAGUCUCGACGCAAAUGGCAGCGCUCCUUAAUCAGCUUUAAAUCGAAUAUGGUGAUGAGAUCUAUUCCGGAGCUCCUGCAGGAAACAAGCAGCCACUUGUCCAUUGCAAUCCCCAGACAUCCCAAAGAGUCAUCCAGCUUGUCAUCCUCUUCGGACUCCGAUGACCUUGAAGAGCUUCCAUAUGUUCCCAUGCCUCUUCAAGUACAGUUCUCGGGUUCUCGAAUGUCCCUUAAUGAAAUCCCAACAGAUGAGGAUCAGAUUUCUCAAUACCCUGAAGAUACCAGCACUCCAGGAGAUCAGGAUAAUGAAAAAGAUAUAACAGACACUGCCAGCAAAAUCACAGAGCCCGAAUUGCAACAUAGAGAGACACCAGAGUCAAUAUGCAAGCGCCCCAAGGGUGCCCUUACAAGGAAAAAAUCAAAUGAAUCUGAAGGUGCCUCUUCCUCUGAUGAUGAGCUCUCAGAAACCCAGAGAAAGACAGAUCAACCAAAGAAGACUCUUAAAAAAGGAUCCAGCCUUGAAUCUUCAGAGAUACCUGAUGAAGAGCUAAUAAUAGCACGCAGAGGAGAACUGAGGAGGGGAAGCUCUGCAGAUAGCGCUCUUCUGCUCAAUGUAUCAACUGCAGAUGCUGAAGGAAGGGAUCAAUUUGACAAAGGAAUGACUAAAGCUGCCUCCAUGGAACUACCAACUCGAAACUAUAGCCCAAUGAGACGUCGAAAACUGGGGUCAGCUGAUGAAGAGUAUGCUCAACGUUUAGAGUUAAUGCGACAAAGGCUUCUGAGGGGUGGCUCUGCAGAUAAUAAGCUCAGUGGUCUUAGAGGGCCCCUGAUGGAAACUCUUUCUAUUGAUAAAAAACGAGCUGAACAGUUGUCUACUCGCUCUCAGAGAUCGGAGAACAUGCCUCCUUCACCUGUCCCUACUAUUAAACUUACUCGUGCAGCUUCCAGCGAGGCUGCUCCAGGGCAUGAAGCAUCAGGAGAAAGAGUCUUAAGAAAAACUAGCUCAUUCUCACAUGGGGACACAGAGCCAAUGGUCUUACAUCGUAGAUCUGGAGCACCACUUGAAAUUCCUCUUGCUCAAGUAGAGGCACAACGUCUAAAAGAGUCUCCAUCUCUAUCUGCUCUGACAGAUCAGUCACGAUUUGAAUCUCGUCCUCAAACUCCUCGUGAAAUUACCCCCAAAUCUCUUACUCCAGAACCUAGUCAACCACAAACAGUGGAAAACGUGGAAAUCAUAGUUCCAAAAGUGACUUCAUUUGUGGAGGAUGUAACACUCAAAAAGGAAAUACCAAGUAUACAGUCAGGAAGGCCACCUAUAAAGCCAUCUGAAAUUGAUAUAAUGGAGACUAUUACAAAUAAUGUUUCUUCAGAACAAAUAGUGCCAAAAUUUUUGCCUGCUGAAGAGCCCAACUCAAAGCCUAAAGAUGAUUCUCCACCUCCAACUAAUUUACCAAAGGAGUUUAGCAAAUUAGAAGCAAAGCUACCACUGAGACAAAUACAAAGCAAAGGUCCCACAUCAGGGAAGGGUUCAUCUGCUGUUGAUGUCCAGAAAACUGAGAAUUCACCAAUUUUAACCACUGUCCAAUCACCAUUGCGAAACACAUCUGCUGCCUCAUUGCCUGUACCAAGCCGUGUUGUGGUCUUAUCUCCUUUGCAAGGUACAGCCACUAUUCCAUCAAGCCCAGACAUUGUUAAUGCUCCCUUAUCAAGUCCCACUGUUGUCACAUCUGCUUUACGAAGAUCGGUUUCUCCCCAAUCUGAUUUUAUAAGUCCAGCUGUUUUCCCAUCAACCUUGCCAAAGCCAGCUGUUGCCCCAUCUCCUAUCACAACAUAUGUAAAGCAACAACCAAGUAUACCUGCCACUGUGUCUUCAUCUUUAUCUGUGCAUGGGAAAGAACCCUCUCAAAUGCCCAAUAAGUUUCCAGUGCCUCAAUUGACAUCAAUGAAAGAGCCGCUAUCUGAUCCAAAACUCCAGUCAGAUGAUACUGUGGGGCCUAAACAAUCGCCCUAUGCAGAAAUGAUGCAAACUCUCAAGAAAACAGGUUCACAUGAAGGGUCCCAAAUAUCAGAUGAACUAACUAAAAGCUCAAGUAACAUUUUAACUGGUCAAUCUACUGUUCAGGAAAGACCUCAAGAGGAAAACCCCAGAUCAUCAUUUCCUUCCAAAGUGGAUAAAAAAAUUACUAAGGAAGAGGAAACAGCAGAGCCACCAGCAUUCUCAAAGAUGAAAAAGUCACCCAGAGCUGCAAGCACAGAAAAUGUCCACCUCAUCAGCAACUUAGAUUCAGAAGAAGUGUUUGAAGCUAAGUUCAAGAGAAACCGUGAGUCUUCUCUGACACGGGGUCUGAAGAUGCUAACAAGGUCUUGGUCAGAAGAGAAGAAUUUAGCAGCUGCUCAUGCAUCACAGGAAGAGGAAAUGUAUCGACCUAGUCCUGUAGGUGUCCCACUUGAGUUCUUAGUCCCUGCAGCUCUAGGACUUGAUGAUAGGUCUAGAUCUGUACAGGACCUACCAGAGGCAGAAAGAGAUCCAAGCUUCAUGAGGAGGUUAUCCCAACGCUUUAGGAAAACGCCAACAACUGAAACUAAACAGAAGCCAACAGAGGAUGAUGAGGGUUCCAGUUCACUGACAAGACGUCUGUCCUGGACCUUAGGAAGGGGUAUUUCUAAAGAAAGAAAAGAUACUGAAAGUUUGAAAUCAGAGACGGGGUCAAUUGAAACAAUCUCAGAGAACGUAUCCAAGGACCAGAAGAAGUCCAGUGAAUCACCAGUGCUUGCAAUGAGAAAAAAGAUUGGAAAUACCAUGGAUCGCAUUUCCCUGAAACUGAGAAGUCAAUCGGAGGAAAGAAAGGAGCUAGAGAGCACAGAGAGGAAAGAGGACAGACCAGAGAGAAGAACACCAUUGAUGUCGAUACUUAGGAGGUCUAACUCUGAAGGGGAGAAUUUACGCAAGUUGGGAAUACCCCAGAACCAACUUGCCUCUCAGUCUGAAUCAACACAUUCUAAGGAGUCUGUAAACUCUGGAUUAAGCAUCAAAUCAGAAAUGGUGGAAAAAGAUGACAGGCGAUCCAGGUGGGACCGCUGGGGUCUGUCACGCAGUAAGAAGGACAAAAUGGUCUCCCAGCCAAGUAUUCCAGCCAGCCUGAUGAAUGAAGAUGGGAUCAUAGUGGGAAGGCAAUACAUUCGCAAUGAGUCAGAUUUUCCCCCUGUGUUCCAUAUCAAGUUGAAGGACAUUGUGAUACUAGAGGGAGAGUCAGUGUCUCUUUCCUGUCUACCUGCUGGCAGCCCGGCCCCCCGAAUCUUAUGGAAGAAAGAUAAGAUGGUCAUAGGGUCAGGAGGACAGGUGAACAUAAAAUCCAGUCCGGAUGGGCGACAGCUCCUCACGAUCACGAAUGCCGGACAGAGGGAGGCCGGACUGUAUGAAUGUGUGGCAGCGAAUGCUCUGGGCAAUGCGACCAGUUCCUGUUCAUUGUCGGUUGCUCGAAUUCCCCAAGCUCCUGGCACGCCGGAGAUCCCACAGAAGUAUAAGGACACAGUGCUGGUUCUGUGGAAAUCUUUAGAGCACAGUUCACCCUGCACCUACAUCCUGGAGUGUCAAAUGAAUGGGAAACAGGAGUGGAAGGUGAUCAGCUCCAGUGUCAAAGACUGCUAUUUUAAUGUCACUGAGUUGCCUGCCAGUUCUGUGAGGUUCCGUGUCGCAUGUGUGAACAAAGCGGGUCAAAGUCCCUACAGCAAUUUGUCCAAGACUGUUGUCAUAGAUGGAGUUGACCACAAACCAUCACCGUAUUUGGCUCAUGCUGCCCAAAAAACAAGACCGGUAGUGCCAACAGUAUCUGCUUUUGGACCACUUUCUCCUCGUGUCACUUCUGCACCAACAGUGCCUCCUGCAGUUGUCACACCUUCCAAGUUGCCUCCAUCAGCUGGAUCUCCUCCUGCUAUUAUCUCUCCUGCUACAAAUGCCCCUCCAUCUACUUCUUCUGUAGAGUCAGUUUGGAAAGGACCUCCUCCUCCAACUCUUCCAAGACGGCAACGAGGACUUGUUCCAACUCCACCCACAGUACACAGGCCCUUGCCACAAACCACUGCUAAGGUUGAGCCCCCAAGUCAAGGUCCUUCAAUUAAUAGGCUACAGUCCUCUGAACCUCCGCUAGGUAUGAAUUCCCAUGUCUCUACAGUAACAGUGGCUGUGACUACUGGAAAUUCUGUGUCUCGCUUAAGAGUUCCACCUGCUGCCCCAGUACAACAGGUGAAACCUGCACCUGAAUCUGCUGCAAAAAUUAUACCAGCCACACAUGUGCAACAAGCAAAAUCUCCUACUGAGUUACAGAAUAUUCCCUCAGUAACUUAUGUGCCCCCAAUGAAAAUGUUCCCAACUCAACAUGUUGCUAAAUCUCCUGUAUCUGAAGGACCAUCUAGCCCACCACACCUGGUAUCCACAGAGCCACGGGUUCCACCACCAGUGGCUCCUAAACCAAUUGCUGCUAUUCCCUCUGUUCCAAUCAUGCUACACAUUCCCCCCUUUAAAUCCUCAUCUCUUACUACACCUGUAAGUCCAACUUCCAAUUCUAAACCAUCUUUCCCGUCACCUCCCACCAGCCCAAUAUAUAAGCCAUCAACCCCUACAUACCCAACUUACAUGGUCACCUCCUUUAUAUCAAUGCCACCAUCCUCACCAAUCAAAGAGACUCCACAGUCACCUCCUCCAGCACUAGUCGCUCAGACCGUCCCUACACGAAUUCUUGUGAAGAGUACAACCCCUGCCAAAGAUGCCAGGUAUACACCAGGGGGUAGAGUAACUCCCUCAGGAAGAGAAAGUACCACUCUGCGACAAGGGGUACCCCAGAAACCUUACACCUUUUUGGAUGAGAAAGCAAGGGGUCGCUUUGGGGUGAUCCGAGAGUGUAAGGAGAAUGCAACAGGAAAACACUUCAUGGCAAAAAUUGUCCCCUAUGAACAAGAAAAUAAAUCAAGCGUCCUGCAAGAAUAUGAGGUCCUGAAAUGCCUUCAUCAUCAGCGGAUCCUGAGCUUGCACGAGGCAUACAUCACACCUCGCUACCUCGUUUUGAUCUCUGAGCAGUGUACUGGGAGAGAAAUUCUCUACUGCCUGGUAGAAAGGUUCCGUUACUCUGAGGAUGAUGUGGUUACAUACAUUCUACAGAUCCUGCAAGGUUUGGAAUAUCUCCAUGAACAGAAGAUCCUGCAUCUCGACAUUAAACCAGAGAACAUUAUGGUGUCCUACAUGAACACCGUCAAGAUCAUUGACUUUGGGAGUGCUCAGACAUUCAACCCCCUCAUCCCGCGUCAGCUGGGGAAACGUGUGGGAACCCUGGAAUUCAUGUCUCCGGAGGUGAUAAAAGGAGAUCCUGUUGGACCAGCUGCUGAUGUUUGGGGUUUAGGAGUAUUAACUUAUAUCAUGCUCAGUGGGCGAUCUCCUUUCUUUGAAUUGGACCCUGUGGAAACAGAAAAUAAGAUCUUAGCGGGACGGUUUGACAUUUUCAAGCUGUAUUCCAAUGCAUCUCAGAGUGCGUCUCUCUUCAUUCGAAAGCUACUGUCCAUUUAUCCCUGGAGCCGCCCCUCCUUACAAGAAUGUUUCUCAAACCCAUGGCUUCAGGAUGCCUAUCUAAUGAAGCUUCGGCGACAGACCCUCACCUUCACCACCAACCGCCUCAAGGAGUUCCUGGUUGAGCAACAAAGAAGACGCUCAGACAGCGCUACCAAGCACAAAGUCCUUCUCCGCUCUUACCACGGUACACAGCCAUCAGCUCCUGUCACACAGUGACCAUGGUGAAAGGACUUUGAAAAUAUAUAAGGUGGCCAUGAAGCCAAAGGUGCUUUCCACUGGACGAUGUGGGACAACAGCAGUCCCAGAGAAGUUGGACUUAGCGGAGACAAAAGUUAAUACUCUGAGUGUAAAUAGAGAGGACUCCACAUCCCUGCCCCAUGGGACAAGGGAGUCCCGGGCACACUGAUGGGCAACAUACCUCGAUAACAGGAGUAGAAGAGUCCAGUGAGACUGAGAAAGAGGAAAUAGUAGAGAAGUGGGUGCAUGAUGCAUGUAACAAAAUCCCCAUUUCCAUCGCCAGGGAGAUCAGCAGCUGGCUAGAAUAUUCCGCUCUUGACCUCAGUUCAGUGAGACCUUUGGCAAAAAUCUUUCUGCUGGAAAAUGCUUCAGGGCUAAAAAAGAAAAAGAAAACCUGGAUCGUUUUGUAAUGCCCUUGGUUUACAUAUCUAUUUCCAGGAACUGGUUAGCAUUGCUUCCUGACGAGUGGUCUUAACAAUUCAAAGUGGGUUGACUUUAAGUGUUAUUUUAUUUUUAUUUUAUUUAGAGUAAUUCAUUUUCCCUAGGUUGCUAACAAGAAGAACAAUAUGAUAUGGGCUGCCACCAGUUUCUAGUAAUGGGGGAAUGUAGGCAAUUAUUUAUUACAUGGCUGCAGCUGUGUUCUUUAUGGAGAUAAUGAAAUCUAAGAUAUUUGUUUACAUAAAUAUAUGUUCUUCAGAACACUGUUAAAGAAUCUCCAAACAUCCGUGGACAGAAUGUUCACAUGUCCUGAUGGAAGAGAGGCUGAAACUCAUAGUUAUGUGAGACCUGGACAAACAGUGAAGAUUACCAUGAGGGGCACACAGUGAUGGGGGAACAGAAAGCCUGCAGAGGUUUAAUGUGAAAAGGCCGGAGAAUCCAGAGUUCAUACGUUUCCAAUGUAAUACUAGUACAACAGAGCCAGUAUCUAAGAGAACUGCUCUAGCCUUGGAUGCCUGACCUUACACAUACAUUCAUUUGUGGAAAACUUCUCCCAACAUCAUAUUUGAAUUAGGCAAUGGGUAGUGCUGUAUGAUCUGCAGGAUCUUUGGACAUGUCUUUUUGUGAGGACACUUGACAUUUAUCAUUUUCUAGUAUCCCACUGAUGUUAACUAUCCCAAUGUACUCUUCUGCUUUAUGUUAUAAUGGAAUCAUGUGUUCUUGGAACCCAGGAAUAUUGUUCUACUUUUGUUCUCAAGUGAUGCUGUUUUCUCAUUCUACAGUAUACACGUUGUUUAGUUUCUGCUGUUUUUAUUAGAUUCCUUUUCCACCCUCACUCUGUGCCCGCUCUGUGGUUCUCUCUCCUGCUCGUCUUGCUCUUUGUGGCUUUGUUAAGCAGUGUGUAUUCCGUUGUUUGCCUUUAUCCUCUGUUUGCUCAGCUCUCUCUGUAGCUACUUAACAAAUAACAUUCAGCUCCUGAAGAUCCAUGUCGCUCACUCAAGAAAGAAUUACUGCCUUCCUGAUAUACGAGUGGGAUUACAAGUGGUGCCGAGCUAAAAAGGAAGAAAUGUCUAAAUUGUGAAGGAAAACCUGCAUGUUGGGCACUGUGUUUGCCUCAGCUGGGAAGAGAAUGUUAACCUAUGCUAUUCUUAGUCAUGUGAGGCCUGGUAGCUGAUCAUGCCAUGCUCUGGGUCCUAAAACACUUGGCUUCUAAAGAGUGAGGGACAAAGAGGUGAAAGGAGAGGAGUGGCUCCGCCCGAAGGAGGAAUUGAUUCUGCUGAUCCAGGAGUAUGGGGCUAAUGGGUCUCCAGUUAUCUUAAUAAUGCCACUGACUACAGUCUGUACAUUUGUUGAUGGGGCAUGAGAUGUCCCCCAAGCUGCUCUUGAGCUUCUUAUUUAUUCACUAAAUCUAAAUAUAUUUACCUUUAAUUUAAUAGAAUUUGUGUUGCUUUCCUGAGUUUGUAAAGUUCCCCCUUUUUUGUGUGGAGAAGUUGAGAAAAUAAAAUGUAUCGAUUGCACGGACCAUUACGUGUGAUCUGUACCGAUCAA